UCAGGGAUUGGAAGGCAGGGACCUGGUCCCCAGGGAUCCCUGUUAUGAGUUAGCUAGAAACAGGCCCCAGAGCUUGGGGGACAAAGAAAAUGCAGCCCUAGAGCUCCGGGGAAAGGCAGAUGGUUCCAGCGGGAUCCAGGCUUAGCAAGGACCAUGCACACCCAACCCACGCGUGGAGAGAAGGCAGAGGCCGGAGAAAGCUCAGGAAGGGGUGAGCUAGUACCUAAACAUGGGCUCCCCAGAAAGCCUAUCCUGCUUGUCCUCCGAGUUUGACAAGCCUGGAUGCAACCUGGAGAAAGCUCUUCCUGAAGGCCAUGCCACACACACAAGUUUCUUAUAGCUUUUCCUCACGCGUUCACCCUAACCCCAUGUGGGGAGCUGGCAUCAGUAACCCAGCUGGCAAAGGGCCCAUCUGGGGGGGACCCCAGGGACCUCUCUACCCACAGCCCCUCCUUCCCCAUGCCCCCAGACACCCCUUCCCAGGACACGGAAGCUAAGAAGGACACCAGACCUGCAGGUGGCUGCUGAGGGGUACCUGUUGAUAGACUCUCUGGGCAGAAACCCUCCCCCCCCGCCCCCCCAGGAGGGAGAAGCCCAAGGAAGAGGAGGAGGGACAGAGAAUAAAUAACCCCGACUAGGAGGCGCGAAGGAGGGGGCGGAGACAGAGAGGGCUGCCCUUCAGAGCAGGCUGCCAGACCGAGGGCCUCUGCCGCCAGAAGAGGACUGCGGAAGAAGCCGUGCCCUCGGUGCAGCUGAGCCUCUACCUGCCCGGCUCUGGCUGCAGCUCAGCUUCGUCACCAUGGUGGGCCCCAACGGCAACGAAUCCAGCGCCACAUAUUUCAUCCUGAUAGGCCUCCCCGGCUUGGAAGAAGCUCAGUUCUGGCUGGCCUUCCCGCUGUGCUCCCUCUACCUUAUUGCUGUGCUCGGUAACCUGACCAUCAUCUACAUUGUGCGGACAGAGCACAGCCUCCACGAACCCAUGUAUAUCUUUCUUUGCAUGCUUUCUGGCCUCGACGUCCUCAUCUCCACCUCCUCCAUGCCCAAAAUGAUGGCCAUCUUCUGGUUCAACUCCACGACCAUUCAGUUCGAUGCUUGCCUGCUACAGAUGUUUGCCAUCCACUCCUUGUCUGGCAUGGAGUCCACGGUGCUGCUGGCCAUGGCCUUUGACCGCUAUGUGGCCAUCUGCCACCCGCUACGCCAUGCCACUGUGCUAACACUGCCCCGUGUUACCAAGAUUGGCAUGGCUGCCGUGGUGCGGGGGGUUGCCCUCAUGGCACCUCUGCCUGUUUUCAUCAAACAGCUGCCUUUCUGCAGCUCCAACGUCCUUUCCCAUUCCUACUGCCUCCACCAAGAUGUCAUGAAGCUGGCCUGUGCUGACAUCCGCGUCAACAUCAUCUAUGGCCUCAUUGUCAUCAUCUCUGCCAUUGGCAUGGACUCGCUUCUCAUCUCCUUGUCGUACCUGCUCAUCCUCAAGACUGUGUUGGGCUUGACACGUGAAGCCCAGGCAAAGGCAUUUGGCACGUGUGUCUCUCAUGUGUGCGCAGUUUUCAUAUUCUACGUGCCUUUCAUUGGACUGUCUAUGGUGCAUCGCUUUGACAAGCGGCAUGACUCCCUCCUGCCCGUCAUCAUGGCCAACACCUACCUGCUGGUUCCUCCUGUGCUCAACCCCAUUGUCUACGGAGUGAAGACAAAGGAGAUCCGGCAACGCAUCCUUCGUCUUUUCCACCUGACUACCCACACUUCCCAUCCCUAGGGGUCGGGAUCAAACUUCUCUUUCAUGCAAAGUACUUCAAUUCAGAUGUUCAUAUCAAUAUUUUGGAGGACAGUAUUAGGAAAAAAUCAUUACUAAAAACACAACCGAUCCUUCCAAGAUGAAAGUGAUCAGAGAACCUCCACGUGGGCAGAGGCAGUGGAACUGUAUGCUCCCAAUGCUAUUUGUCAACAUGAUUUUUUCUUUUAGUUCUUUGAGGUAGUUGCAGUUGGAGGGUGAUUACUUCCCACUUAACUAUUCAGUCCGGUUCUCAUUUCCAUAUCAUUAAGGGGAUUGCUUGCACUGGUGGUCCACCGUGUUCUAAGGUACAUCUAAAAACACUUACCAAAGGCUUAAGCGUGGCAAAACUAAAAUGAAUACAAGAAUAUAUAACAAAUUUAAGCCAGUUAGGUAAGCUGGCUCAGAAUUAUGAUUUCCUCUUCAGAAUCCCCAACCAUUUCGGAUCAUAGGAAAAGAGAUGUAGCUGGAUCUCCUUCUUCAAAAGGACCUCCACAGAGAAAAAAGUAUUUCUUUUUUUCUUCCGAGUGCCAGGCCUUAAGAAGAGGAUUGCAAGUAAAGCCAGGAAAAGGUUAUAGUUACCUAAAUUAAUGAAAGAUGAUGCACUGUAUUCUGAAAGUUUUAACAGACCAUGGGCACUUUCCCUUCUUUAACUUUCUUAUCAAUACUGUGAUUUAGGCAGGAAUAUGGUUAGUACCCUACUAUACCAAUGGGUGGGUGUACCCAUUACGGGGGUGGGCACUGAUCUUCAGUGACAUCCUAUAGGCUCAAAACAUUACGUCUUUUGGCCCCCACUCCCACGUUGGUAGGAGGGACUGCGAGGCUAGUGGGGUGAUGAGUUAGACAUUCAAGAGUUCUGAAUUUUAUGGGAGGGGGCUAUUUAAGUUCCUUUCUUGUUCAUCCAGUAUUGUAUUUAGGAAUUUCCUGUUCAUGUUCUUCCUGAUGUCUUUAUUUCUAUUUUUUUUUCUUUUUAGGACCAUGCCCGCAGCAUGUGGAGGUUUUCAGGCUAGCAGUCCAGUUGGAGCUACAGC